CUAGCUAGCGGUCAUUUAGUGUUUCUGCUCCUUUUGUUUUCUAAUUAACUUUGAACGCUGAUUCCCUCGUUGUUUUGGAUGUGAGAUUUUCAGGAGUGCUUAUAGGGUUUUGGAGUGAGUGAGCUUAUGAAUCACUGAGAUUCUGCGGAUUCAAUUUUGUGUGUACGGCAAUGGUAGCUACAGUGUCCGCAGCGGUAAACCCCAAACAGCGUGGCGGAGAGCCACAACCAUACGGCCAACACCAAUAUCCAUCACGGCCUCCUUUAUUGCCUUCCGACCCCGACAAUGCUAUUGCUCCCCGCCGUCAGAAGUUCCGUGAGGUCACUUCUCGUUAUUUGUCCACGCCGUCAUCCUCAAAUUCCUCAAUGUCAUCGUCUUCUUCUUCAGCGGCUUCUACCAAGCGGUGCCUGUCGCCGUUUGUUUCGAAGUCAACAACUCCAUCGAAUAACAAGCGGUCGCAAUCGGUGGAGCGGAGGCAGGUGGUGACGCCGCGGCCUAACAAUUCUAUGAAUUUGAGAAAUAGUGAAGGUAACAGUAACGGCGAAUUAUCCGCUGCUCAGAAGUUGCUCUUCACUUCGACGAGAAGCCUAUCUGUUUCGUUUCAGGGAGAUUCGUUUUCUUAUCAGUUUACCAAAGCUAAACCAGCUCCAUCUCCAGGCGCAGCAAGGAAAGGCACUCCGGAGAAGAGAAAGCCAACGCCGAUCACACCGACACCGGCUAGAGGAAUAGAUCAAACGGGAAAUUCAAACGUGGAGCGGUUGUCGUCCGGCUUUAGGAAAUUGAAUUCAAUGAGUCGAAGCGUCGAUUUCGCCGACGAGAAGAAGAGGUUAAACGGAUCUGUUAACGGCAAUGUAGUUAGGGCACUACAAAAUUACAUGAUUGACACUAGAGAUUCAACAGGUGUUACAGCCGUUGGAUCCGAGGCUCAAUUUGAUCCCGCGGCUUCGGAUACUGAAAAUAUUUCUUCUGGUAGUGCAGGAGCUCCUGAAAGUUCUUCUAACGGCUAUGGAGACGUUAAGCGUGGGUCUCGGGGGAUAAUAGUUCCGGCCCGGUUUUUGCAAGAGACAAGUAGUCGGUUACGCCGGGCCGGUCCUCUCUCGCCGGUUUCUAAGAAAAUUACUGCUCACUCUAAGAUACUUGCACCAGACAAGUUCGGUAUUGAUAGUCCUUUGUCGUCUCCUAAAGGUGUAGUGAACAGCAGAGGACAGUUAUCUCCGAUUCGUGGAUCAGUUCGGCCUGCAUCGCCGAGUAAGCUUGGUGUGUCCUCUCCUUCGAGGGGAAUGAGCCCCUCUAGAGUGCGGAAUGGAUCCGCUAUUAAUUUGGUAAAUACUCCGUCAAUUUUGAGCUUUGCUGGUGACGUUCUUAAGAUGGGCAAGAUUGGGGAAAAUAAGGCUUCGGAUGUUCAUUUGUUGAGGCUACUUCAUAAUAGGCUGUUGCAAUGGCGUUUUACCAAUGCUAGAGCAGAUGCUGCUGUUUUUCCCCAGACCUCUAAUGCAGAGAAAAAUCUCUAUAGCGCAUGGAUAACUACCUCAAAACUUCGAGAAUCUGUUAGAGCGAAAAGAACUGAGUUACAGUUGCUUAGGCAAAAAUUGAAGCUGAUUUCCAUCCUGAAGGGGAAAAUGAUGCUUUUGGAUGAAUGGGAUGUCCUGGACCAUGAUUAUUGCAGUUCAUUGUCUGCGGCUACGGAAGCUUUGAUGGCUAGGACACUCCGCCUUCCAGUUGUUGCUGGAGCAAGGGUAAUUUCCAUCUUAGGAAUUUGUCAAUUUUGUUCAAGCUGUGGUAUUUCAUGUAUUAGCCUCUUUGGUCUUAAAGGAAACAUCUUGGUUGGCUAUUCAUUUGUACAGGUUGAUGUCCCAAAUUUGAAUGAUGCUAUAUGUUCAGCGGUUGACAUAAUGCAGGGAAUUUCAUCCUCCAUAUGCUCAUUGUUCUCCAAGGUUGCUGAAGUCAAGUCCUUGGUGGGAGGACUUGGAAAUGUAAGUGGAAAUGAGAUUGCUUUACUUGAGCAUUGCCAAGUACUUGUAUCAACAAUUGCAGCCAUGCAGGUGAAAGAAUGUAGCCUCAGAACACACAUUUUACAACUAAAUCAAUUACCUUCCAGCAUGACAACGGAAUUGUAAAGCUCAUGUGAUUUUCAUUGCCUUUCCUCUAAUAACUAACAUAGCAUCAACCACCAUUCCCUCCUCAUCCGAAUUUUGGCUUAAAUAUAAGAAGGCUGCUCUUGAACUACAUUCAAAUAAUCAUCUAAGCCCUUUGUGCCUCAAAACAUCUGUUUUCACCCAAUUAAACCCUUUUCUGAACAUUAAUUUUUGAGUGCUUUUGACGGAUCAAAGUGCUUGGAUGAUUUACAGAUUUUAGUCUCGGGGUUCUCAUAUUCAGGCCCCUGAAUUUAUGGUUCCAAGGGUAAA